CGGUAAUCAAGGGCAAAUACGUCGAAGAAACCUCGCUCCCCGCCGCUGGAGGGAAUCUAUCCGUAAUUAAGGUCAAAUACAUCCAGUUUGAUCGUUCCAUUAGAUGACGCGGAUAAAAGAGAAAAAGAAGCACAGACGUCGCCACGACUCUAGAGGGAACGACGCAAGGAUGGAAGACUCAGAGGAAGAUUCGUCCCGCUCGUUGAUUGGGCUCGUUGAUGACGUGGAUGGCAAGGAAGUUGAUGACGUCAACGACUCGGUGAAAGAGCGCGAUGGAAGGACGAUCCCCACGUGUACGAGUAUGACAAGCGGAGAAGAAGAAGUACUGGAAGAGCUGACGGAUAUGGCGGCUGAUCUAAUCCCAGGGGAGGACGAUGAAGAGGACGGUGGUGAGGAGAAGAAGAAGGGCGGGGUAGAGGUUGGAAAGGAGGGGGGGGGGGGGAGGAAGACGGGCGGGGAGGGGGGGGAAGAGAAUGGGAGGGGGAGGGGGAGGGGGAAGAAGAUGGGCGGGGAGAAAGGGGUAGAGAAGGGGGAAAGAAAACCCGAGGUGGUGGGAACGAGGGAGGAGGCAGGACAUGCGGAAGAUAUGGCGAUGGCGGCUGGCGGGAAAUCGAGCGGCGACGAAGCUUUGGCUAUGGCGGCGGAAGUGAACGCAGAGGAGUUGGAAGAAGGAGAGAUCGAGCCAGGGGGGACUUUUGAAGAAGAAGAAGGAGAUGACCGCCAUCGCCGGACUGCGGGGAAAAGGCAGAGUCCUGCUGUCGCGGACGAUGACGUGGCGCGGACGGAAGAAGGCUUCGGAACCAAGAGAUCCCGACAGG